AUGUCCACACCAUGCUUUGGAGAGGAUGCAGUUCAUGCUAUUCGUUCGGGCUUGAAGGUGCUCACUCCACCAUUAGCCAUGACCUUGAUAUCAGAAACACGUACACAAACAUACGUGCAGAUUGCUCUUGCGACAGUGCUGGUCUACACCACGUGCCUUGUUGUCCAUAUCGAGCCAAACUUCAGCUUUUGUGACAAGAAGAACAGCCCGCCGCCAGCUGUCUACAUUGCACGAUGGAUCCUGCCAAUGCUUUAUGGCUUGAUAUUACUCGGAUUAGCUCUGCAUAGAGCCAAUCGUCUUCGGAAAAUAUCACGAAAUCGCUCUUCUUUGCUUAAGAUUUUAGUCUUGGACCAAGGGAUUUAUUACCUUUUUGUUAUUUUAUGUUGCGUUUUCCGUAUACUCGUUGAACAGGAAGUUAUCAAGAACUGGCUCGCACUAAACGUUGUGAGCUAUUUUGGCUCGCCCAUUUUUUUAACCGUUCUCGGAAGCCAGAUGCUUCUACGCCUCAAAGAAGUGGGAGAUAACAACUCAGCAGCAUUUGAGUCAUCCAAUCGCGGACCGGGAAGUGCAACUUGUGCAAGUGCUCAGUCAUUUACGCAAGGCCCGCAUGCCUUACCAGCACACAAAGAAUUAUAUCUUGGACUUGCUUCGUCACGACAUGAAGAGUCUGUGGACAGUCGCAGCACCGUUAUCUGA